AUGAACUCUUUUAUAAGAUUUGAUAAAGCUGAAUUAGGACUAGUUCUUGAUCAAACACUACCAGGAACUAGAGUUAUGUUUUUACAUGAUCAUUUAUUUUCUAAUGGUUUAUAUAAUGGAUCAAUUGAAGUUGUACUGGAAAUUCUUGAUGAAGAAAAUAUAAUAGUUGCAUUUCCAUUAACACAAGAAAAUUCUUUAGAUGAACAAAUGUUAGAUGAAUAA